GUCGUCGGAUUACCGGCUCGCAUUGAUUUUGAUUUCUUGACUUCCGUUGUUGUGAUAGCAUGUUGGCUUUCUUUUUCUGUAAGAUUCCCCCCUAAGUUUCUUUAGUAUAUGUAGGGAUAUUUUGGUACAUGAUAGGUGUUCGAUUGGGAGAAUGCUGUUGUUCAGGGAUCCAUGGUCCUCUCUGAACUUUUGAUUGGUUUAUGCAAUAUGUACAGCUUAUAUCGUUUAUAUCGCUUAUAUCGCUUACUUUUCGCUUCGCCAAAGGCUCUUUUCUCCCUUGCACACUCGUCUAUAUCUUUUGCCUUACGAAGUUUAUUAUGGCGAUCUGCGUGCCAGACUGGGCACAGUACAUAUGUUGGAAAGCCCACAGUGGUGAUGAAAUGCCAUGUGUGAGCAUCUGUUAUGCUGUUCCUUUGCUGGCAACGGGUACAUAUGAGUUAUCCAAUUUCGAGGGACUGAACCACGAUGAUUACUGGAGCAACAUCCUAGUUUCCCCUUCCCCGGGCAAGGUUUGAUCGCCACGUUCCCUAUCCCAAGGAUGUGGUUUCUUAUUGUGCAGGCUGUAUUGAAGCUGUUAAUGGCCCAGCGCAGUGACCUGUA